GAUAGCAAAUCAAUAAGUAUCGCGGCUAACAUCGCAUCUUGUGGAUUUUUCGUUUUGCGCCUAACAGCUCUAUUUCUUAUGUUUUGUGUCAAAACAAACUUAUUCAGGCCUAAGAACCAAAAAUUCUGCAUGUUUGGAAAUUCAGAAGAGCGGCACAAGGGCAAUGGAAGAAAUGUGCAGAGUUUGCAAGGGAUCGUCUGAAUCAUUCACAAACAUAUUCGACGAGAAACAAAACUGGGACACUUGCAUUGCUGACAUGAUAGCUCAGUGCACCGGGUACGAGGUUAGCCGAGGAGAUUUACUAUCAGAAAAUAUAUGUCCGCCCUGCCUUGAGGAGGCAGUGAGUGCAUUCAAUCUUAAGACAACUUGCGAGCAGAGCUAUAAAUUGAUGGAGGAGUCUAAAGAAGCAGAAAUCUUUUAUAUUGUGGAAUACGAGGACUGGGAACCAUCAGAUUGCAGAAGCGAGCAGUCAAACAAUAUUGAAACCGACGCACAGGCAAAAGGUUGCCCUAAGUUAAAAUGUCCUCUUUGUCCAAAGAGCUAUUCGCACAGAAGUGGUCUAAAUAGACAUAUGCUUGUACACACGGGUGAACGACCCUAUAAAUGCUCCCAUUGCUUAAAGUCCUUCCAUUUUAGUUUCCAUCUGAGUGAACACAUCCGUUCACACCAGGUGGAUCCACCCUUUAUAUGUACAUACUGCUCAAAGUCAUAUGAACAUUCCAAUUCUCUUAGAAAACACAUAAAAAUGUCUCACGCGUAGAAUGAUAGUUACAAAACAAAAACCUAUAUACACACAUAAGUAUAAGUAAAUGUAUUUUCCUAUUCAAUCUCAGCAUGAGUUCACUUUCGUGAGCCAGCUGAA